UUGGCUGAUUGCAAUUCUGGCUCAACUCAACCCUCUCUUUGGGCCGCAGUUAACCAAUGAGACAAUCUGGUAUCUUAAAUAUCACUGGCCUUAA